AUGGAACGCGGGACGCCGUCCCUCAAUGCCUUCCUCGGCAGCUUAGAAGUGCAGGAGAUGAAGUUGAUCGACCCCACACUGAUGCGGCAGUUCUUGGUACAGGCUAGUCACAGGCUAGCAGGAGAAGGUGGUCUUCCAGGUGCCGUCCCCGUCGAGCUGAUCGUCAAGGCUCACAGCAGCAUCGACGUUCCGGAGCUGAGACGGCGCUUGGCACUGGCUGCUCCGGUCGGGGCUUCGCUUCUGGAGUUCAUGGGCCACUUCGAGGUGAAGCACGGCUUCGGCAGGCACAGUGCCAGCGACUUCGUUAAUUUGUGGAUCCACUGCAGCGGCCACGAGCACCUGGACGUUUCUCCGCAGGAUGUGGCGAACUUCUUUCGGAUCUUUGGUGGAUCGUCACAUGUGGCUUUGAUGCCGGAGGCCCUCGAUGAGGCGCUGAGACGCCUGCCGCUGGAGGCUCACUGGGGAGCGGAGCCUUUAGCCGUCGAUCGGCUUUUCUGUGCCUUGGGCAGCCGAUGCUUACAGCUUGAGCGGGCCAAACGCAAGGACGCCACCCUCCCAGUGGAGGCCGUCCUGGAAAUCGUUCGCAAAGACGCCUCCGAUGUGGAGAAGGCCGAAUCCAGCUUAAUAUCGGAGGACGUCCUGGCACAGCGCUUCGAUAAGCUCUGGAACAACUGCGUGGGCGAGAGCCUCAUGCUGGCACUACCUCCGGACGGUGAUCCUGCUCCAGGCCACGAGAAGGAGAAAGCUGAACGAGCAGAGCGUCGCAAAGAGCAGGAGAUUCUCGCCACCCAGCGCAUGAAGCAGGCCUGCCUCGCGCGCUUCGUAUCGAUCGGGCAGGAGCUCUCGCGACAGGUGACCCGACGGCAGUACGAAUCCAUCUUCCCGAACAUCAGUGACGUCCUGGCAGUGAGCUUGACGACACUCCGGUCGGGACAGGUGGUGAUCGUGCGCUACAGGCUAGCAGGAGCUUGCAAUUUCUGGCACCCGAAGCACCGCGUGCUCCGAGACGAGAGGGAACCGCUCCCUUGGCCUGUGCCACAGAAGGUACUCGGCGAGACGCCUUUCAUUGCCCUGGUGCCACGUGGCCUGCGCUGGACCAACGCAGGGGGGGGCGGCUUCUACCUGGGCAGCCAGUCCUUCAACGAGAUCGAUCCCGGGCUUCGUGCCGAUCUGCAGGUGGACCGGGACGGCAAGCUUUUGUGGCCGCGGCUGAAUUGA